ACACUUAAUAUUUUUCAUUUGCGAAAGCACGUGUUCCAAACAUGAAUUUGCAGUGGAAAAACUUGAAUUUAUCUCCGGAGACGAGAUCAGCUCUGAAAGAAUUAAAGUUUAAACAGAUGACACCCGUUCAGGCUUCUUGUAUACCCUUAUUUUUACAAAAUAAAGAUGUUGCAGUAGAAGCAGUUACUGGUAGCGGGAAAACUUUAGCAUUUGUUAUUCCCAUUAUAGAGAAAUUAUUACGAAUUAAGAAUGAAAUUCGAAAGAAAGAUGUACCAGCAAUUAUAAUAACUCCUACGCGUGAAUUAGCUAUUCAAAUAUCAAAUGUUCUAGAGAUAUUCCUGAAAUAUGCACCAUUUUCAAAACUACUCUUUGUUGGUGGCACCUCAACCGAGAAGAAUAUAAAGGAUUUUAGCGAAAACGGCGGAAAUAUACUAAUUGUUACUCCGGGACGCUUUAUUGAACUGUUUAAACAAAUCGAAGGAUUAAGAUCAAGCGUUAAAGCUGCUGAAAUAUUAAUUUUAGACGAGGCUGAUAGAUUAUUGGAAAUGGGCUUCGAGGUCUCCAUAAAUACUAUUUUAGAAUAUUUACCGAAACAAAGAAGAACUGGCUUAUUCUCCGCAACUCAGACUAAACAAGUAGAAGAUUUAAUUAGGGCUGGUUUAAGGAAUCCCGUACAAAUUAAAGUAACUGAAAAACACUCAAAAGAGAACGUUCCAGAUACUCUAUCGAACUAUUAUUGUCUAGUUGAUGCUAGUAAGAAAUUCAAUCAACUUAUAGCUUUAUUAAAGAUGCACGCCAAGAGUAAAAUACUAGUCUUUUUUAGUACUUGUGCUGCAGUUGAUUACUUUUAUCCACUUAUACAACAUCUAUUACCGAAGCAAAAAAUUUUAUCUAUUCAUAGUAAAAAAGGUAAUAGAUUUAACUCUUUUGAACAAUUUGGAAAAGAGGUUAGCGCUGUUCUCUUAUGUACCGAUGUUAUGGCCAGAGGAGUCGACAUACCGAAAAUUGAUUGGGUCAUUCAAUACGAUCCUCCUACAAGUGCUUCAAAUUUUAUUCACAGAGCGGGAAGAACUGCCAGAAUAGGGAAUUACGGUUCGUCUCUAAUUCUAUUACUUCCUUCGGAAGAGAGCUAUAUUAAAUUCCUAAAGAUUAACCAAAAAGUUGAAUUAGAGAGACAAGAUUGCAUAGAAGCUGUAAACUUAUUAAAUAAAGUUAGAAAAUUCUCAAAAGCUGAUAGAGCCAUUUACGAAAGAGCGAUAAGGGCUUACGUAUCCUUUGUUAGGGCUUAUAGUAAACACGAAUGUAACGUUAUCUUUAAUGUAAACGAAUUAGAUUUUGGCGGAUUGGCUUAUAGUUUUGGCCUUUUACAUCUACCAUCAAUGCCUGAGCUAAGGAAGACAACUGUCGUAAACUUUGAACCUGUCGAAAUGGAUUAUCAAUCUAUUAAAUUUAAAGAUAAACUCAGGGAAAAAGCAAGACAAACUAGAUUGCUAAAUGGAACUCAAAAAACUAAGAAGAAGAUAAAAAAUGAAAAGACUGAAGCUUGGUCAAAGAAAAAGGAGAAAAAGAUAAAAAAAUUAAAAAGAAAAGAGGAAAAGGAGAAGAAAAGGAAAAGAAAAUUAGAUGAAACGGAAGUUGAUGAAUUAAAUGAUGAUUUUAAACAGUUAAAAAAACUCAAAAAGAGAAAAAUAACUUUGGAAGAAUUUGAUAAUCAAUUUAUAUCCUAA